GGCUCUUCCAGCAGGGCGGCGGGUGCCAUGAAUAGCAGCUGCGCGUCCCCCGCCGCCGCCGCCCGCCGCCGCCUGCAGCACCGGGAUCGAUAGAGGCGGGGGCUGCGGGGACGCACUAUGGCCGGCAGCGGUUACACGGACCUGCGGGAGAAGCUCAAGUCCAUGAUGCCCUACCGGGACGGCCACAAAGGCGGCGGCGGCGGCAGCCUCCCACGGGAACCCCCCGAACCCCACUACGAUCGCAAACGCCGGCACCAGGAGGAUUCCGGCUCGGAGCCCAGCGACUACGAGGAGCAGAAGGAGGAGGAAGAAGCUCGGAAAGUCAAAAGCGGCAUCCGCCAGCUUCGCCUCUUCAGCUCCGAGGAGUGCGCCAAGAUCGAAGCUCGGAUCGAGGACGUGGUGUCCCGGGCGGAGAAGGGGCUCUACAAGGAGCACACGGUGGAUCGGGCGCCGCUGCGGAACAAGUAUUUUUUCGGGGAGGGCUAUACCUACGGGUCUCAGCUGCAGAGACGAGGCCCCGGCCAGGAGCGCCUGUACCCGCGGGGGGAGGUGGACGCCAUUCCCGAGUGGGUGCACGACCUGGUGAUCAGGAAGCUGGUGGAGCACCGGGUGAUUCCCGAGGGCUUUGUGAACAGUGCCGUCAUCAACGACUACCAGCCGGGGGGCUGCAUUGUCUCCCAUGUGGACCCCAUCCAUAUCUUCGAGAGGCCCAUCGUCUCCGUCUCCUUCUUCAGCGACUCGGCGCUCUGCUUCGGGUGUAAAUUCCAGUUCAAACCCAUCAGGGUCUCGGAGCCCGUUCUCUUCCUGCCCGUGAAGAGGGGAAGCGUCACGGUGCUCAGGUAA